AUGUCAAACUUUAAUAUGCAUCCUCCGCAAACUUAUUCACGUUUAUUCCGUCCAUGGGAUACAAAUAGAAAUACCUCCACUGAUUCAGAUACAAAUAAUGAAAAUAAUAUUAAAACUGAAUGCAGUACAGCUGAAACGAUGCCAUGCGCAACUUCACAGAAUCAUUUUAGUAUUCCUUAUAAUGGCAACGAUAGCGACCGUGAGUGUGCUUCCAGUGAUAGUAGUAAAAACAGCUAUGAAGAUGGGCUUAAUAAUAGUUUUGCGCAACAGCCGAAUGAACAAAAUAGUGUAUUAUACUCCAUGGGAGAAGAGCCUUCAUCUUCAGCUGAAAAUUCAUCGUACGGAUAUAGCUCACGGAUAUAUGGCCCGACGUACGAUCAUCAUCAUCAGUUUCAUCAAAUGAUGGCCAAUACGCCAGUACACCAUGAAUUUUAUUAUGUCGCAGCUGCGGCCGCCGCAGCUGCCGCUGCAGUAAAUGUCAACAAUACUCUUCCUGUUCCAACUUCAACCCAUCCACCAUUACCACCAACUGGUACUCUUGGAGUGGAAUAUACUUUAAGUGUUAUGGAACAAGAAUAUGCCCGAAUUGUAGCUGAAGAGGCACAGCUUAAAGUUAUGAAUUCUAGAAAACAACGUCCGAAAAAAUUUAAAUGCCCACAUUGCGAUGUGGCGUUUUCCAAUAAUGGUCAAUUGAAAGGACACAUACGCAUACAUACCGGUGAAAGACCAUUUAAAUGCGAUGUUGAAACAUGUGGCAAAACCUUCACCCGAAAUGAAGAGCUUACACGUCAUAAACGCAUACACACUGGCUUGCGUCCUUAUCCUUGCACCGCUUGUGGCAAGAAAUUCGGUCGCCGCGAUCACCUGAAGAAACAUAUGAAAACUCACAUGCCACAGGAACGUCACUUAGGUCCUGCAAUAUUUGUACCUAUGUAUCCUCCAUAUGUGUAUGGAUACUAGUAGAUAAAUACGAUGAUUGUCGCC